CAUAAUAGAAUAACCAACGAUUUUUUGUUUUUUCCUUCACCAACCACGCCAUCACCACGUUUAGAAAUGAAGCAUCUUUUCAUCGUUCCGUGUUUUUCCUUUCUUUUUUCUCUCACUCGCAGAAAAUUAACGCAAUUCCACAAAAGCGGAGAAGCUCGAUGGUUUGAAAGUGAAAUAAAUAAAUUGCGCUGGAUUGGGUUUGCAUGAUGGGCAUGUUCCCUUUUGAGCCAAGUUUGUGAAUUGAAGAGAAGGAAGCACCGUAGCAGCGAAAAAAGGAUGAGCGCAGCGGAUGAUGAUGACCCAGAAAGGAGAAGAUUGAAUAGUGGGUUGAAGAGCUUUCAGCGCGAUCUGAUGGCUGGGGCGGUGAUGGGUGGUGUGGUGCACACGAUUGUGGCCCCAAUUGAGAGGGCGAAGCUAUUGUUGCAGACCCAAGAGAGCAACUUGGCGAUUGUGGCGAGUGGGCGUCGCAGAUUCAAGGGCAUGUUGGAUUGCAUAGCCCGUACGGUCAGGGAAGAAGGCAUUCUCUCUUUGUGGAGAGGCAAUGGCAGCAGUGUUAUUCGUUACUAUCCUUCUGUCGCUCUCAAUUUCUCUCUCAAGGAUCUAUACAAAAGCAUGUUAAGAGGUGGAAACUCUAGUGACAAUCUUUUGCCAGGUGCCACUGCUAAUUUUGCUGCGGGCGCUGCAGCCGGCUGUACAACGCUUGUGUUGGUAUACCCCCUUGAUAUAGCACACACGCGCCUUGCUGCUGACAUUGGAAGGACAGACGUGCGCCAAUUUCGAGGCAUUUACCAUUUCUUGGCUACCAUAUUCCACAAGGAUGGCAUUUGGGGGAUCUACCGGGGCCUUCCUGCAUCUCUACAUGGGAUGGUGGUACACAGGGGCCUUUAUUUUGGAGGCUUUGAUACCAUGAAAGAGAUCAUGUCUGAAGAAUCAAAACCUGAGUUGGCGUUGUGGAAGCGUUGGGUGGUAGCUCAGGCAGUCACAACCUCUGCCGGGUUGAUAUCUUAUCCACUAGACACGGUUCGUAGGAGGAUGAUGAUGCAAUCUGGCAUGGAACAGCCAGUGUACAACAGCACCUUGGACUGCUGGAGGAAGAUCUAUAGGACAGAGGGGUUGGCUUCAUUUUACCGUGGUGCAGUUUCUAAUGUGUUUAGGAGCACAGGAGCAGCAGCUAUCUUAGUCUUGUACGAUGAGGUUAAGAAAUUUAUGAACUGGGGGAAAAUUUAACAGCACCAACGUUCAUUGAUUUCAUUUUGACACCGGAGACUCAACUUCAAUACGUCAACAUGUUGCAAAUCUUGAGGCUUAGGAUAAUUUUGUAAAAGCACAAAUGAGCUCCAUUACAGUUCAUUAGUAAAUGUGUCUUUAUUGGCAUUCCAACGCUAAGGCCAUUGAUUUUGUGGCUUUGCUAUUACUAAUUUUCCUUUGUAUCUUUUAAGACGAUGGAAGAUCAGAAAUCAGAUAUGAUGAAAGGGGAUUUUUAUUGGUAACAAAAGAAAAUUGAUCUUUUGUUGUCUAA